AUGAACAGUACGAAAGUGAUGAUUCGAUACGGAAUGCAGAAUAAAUCUGUUCGAAAAUUGUGUUUGUGCAGGGCAAUCAAUCCUGCAAUUUUUUGGGCGAAUAUUACAGGAAUCACUGCCAUUUCUUGUGAAAGACAUCAUGAAGGUGUGUGCAAGUUUUCUGUCUCCAAACGAUGGUUAUUUUACACAAGGUUAUUGCAAAUCAUUUAUGGAUUGUAUAUGGUGGUGUUGUAUGGGUUGAGACUUAUUUGUCCUAAUGACCACAACGACGAAGCUUGGUACGUUAUGACAUUUGGAUACUUUGUUGGGGAUGUGGAGAGUAUAUUUACGGUUGUGUAUGGAUCACUCCAGUCAAAAAAUAUUUGCAAUAUUUUACAAAAACUUUCUACAUCAUUAGACAAUAAAAAUAUCAAAAAAUUACAAAAAAAUCUACGAAAAUUGGUACUUUUCAUUUUGAUUUACUAUAUAACAAUUUUGAUAUCACACAUCUAUGUUACCUUUGUAAGGAACGUCUUUUCCAGUGAUGCCACUUUAUUCAGCUGUUCAUCAAUAGACACAACACUAGCGAUUUUGAUAAGAGGAGUAUCGAAGGCUUCUCCAUCCGGACAACUCAUAAUAACAUUUGUAAUUGCAUAUGUUAUUGGACUGAAAUUUAAAGCGUUAGGAGCCUUAACGGAAACAACUUUAAGAACAUUGAGGCUGGUCCAAAGUCAUGUGUAUGUUUUAACAAACACUACUGAAAAUAAAAUAAUUUCUCUGCAUGAUCUCUCAACGAAACAUAAGGAACUAUUCCAUGUUAUUCAAGAUUUCAACAAAUCUUUUGGUCCACAACUGCUUAUGGCUUUAACUGCUAGUUUGUAUAAUACAAUAUAUAAUUUAUAUAGAUACUCUACCUCCAAUUGGGAAUACAAGCAUGAUACGUUGCCUCAAAAAUUACACUACCUCCUUGGUCUUGGCUACAGAUUGUUGAGGAUGUUGCUUUAUAUGUUCAUAGGCAAAUAUGUUCAGACUACUUCUUUAAGACCCCUUCAAGUCUUGCGGGACUCUUCAAUUAUGAAACUUUCUCUAAGCCACCAGCAAGAGGUUCAAAGUUUAAUAUUACUAUGGUGGGGAAAAUGUGGUUAUCUAUCAGCUUCCGGAGUCGUAAACAUUGGACCAUGGUUAUUGGCACCUAUUAUAGGAAACGUUGUGACUUAUCUUUUGGUGGCGUUGCAAUUUGAUCAAUCCCAGAACAAACACAGGAACAUAACCAAAGUUCUCACUUCGUUUUUAGAAUAAACAAUAUGUUACUUUAUGUGUGUAUCAGUUUUAUGUUUACGAGUCGUUGUUUUAUAA